UGUGGGCGGGGUCCACUCUGACUGAAGCGGGCGGGACAGAACAGACAGGCGGGAGCCGCAAGGGAGUGGGCGGGGCCGGGCCGGCUGUGAUGGGCGUGACCGGCGGGAUGGGCGGGACCGCAGACUCCAGACUCCGUGCCCGAGGGUGGGCGGAACUAGAGGGAGCUGCGGCCGCGCCCGCCCUGUCGCGCCUUGCUUGCUGCUCGGAGCGCCGCCUCCCCAGCCGCUCGGAGCCGCCGCGAUGGCGGAGGAUAGCGAGUCUGCGGCCAGCCAGCAGAGCCUAGAGCUGGACGACCAGGACACGUGCGGAAUAGACGGAGACAAUGAGGAGGAGACAGAACACGCCAAAGGAAGCCCUGGAGGGGAUUUGGGAGCAAAAAAGAAAAAGAAGAAACAGAAGAGAAAAAAGGAGAAGCCAAAUUCAGGGGGUACCAAGUCCGACUCUGCAUCUGACUCCCAGGAGAUUAAGAUUCAGCAGUCUUCUAAACACAACGCCAUCUGGCAGCAGAUUUCAGCAGGAGCAGCCAUGGGUGGUGAUACUAUGGAAGGUGAAUGGAUAGAUUUAAGAAUGUAUCAUAAGAAUCCCACCAUCCCUAUUCAGAAGCUACAGGACAUCCAGAGAGCAAUGGAACUGUUGUCUGCAUGCCAAGGCCCAGCCAGGAACAUUGAUGAGGCCACAAAACGCAGAUACCAGUUCUGGGACACACAGCCAGUGCCCAAAUUGAAUGAAGUCAUAACAUCUCAUGGUGCAAUUGAACCAGACAAAGACAAUAUCCGCCAGGAACCGUAUUCUUUGCCACAAGGUUUUAUGUGGGAUACUUUAGACUUGAGUAAUGCCGAAGUGCUGAAGGAGUUGUACACAUUGCUGAAUGAGAAUUACGUGGAAGACGAUGACAAUAUGUUCCGCUUUGACUAUUCACCUGAGUUUCUCUUGUGGGCUCUGCGUCCCCCAGGAUGGCGUCUGCAGUGGCACUGUGGAGUCCGAGUGUCUUCAAAUAAAAAGUUAGUAGGUUUCAUAAGUGCCAUCCCAGCAAAUAUCCGAAUUUAUGAUAGUGAGAAGAGGAUGGUCGAAAUCAACUUUCUUUGUGUCCAUAAGAAACUGAGAUCAAAACGGGUAGCCCCAGUGUUGAUUCGAGAAAUAACCAGAAGAGUGAAUCUGGAAGGCAUCUUUCAGGCUGUGUAUACUGCAGGAGUGGUUCUUCCUAAGCCUGUGGCCACAUGCAGGUAUUGGCACCGAUCCCUAAACCCCAGGAAACUGGUGGAGGUGAAGUUUUCUCACCUGAGUAGAAACAUGACCUUACAGAGAACAAUGAAGCUUUACAGACUUCCGGAUGUUACAAAGACUUCAGGUCUGAGACCGAUGGAACCAAAAGAUAUCAAAGCAGUCCGAGAACUAAUCAACAUCUACUUGAAGCAGUUUCAUCUAGCUCCAGUCAUGGAUGACGAGGAAGUGGCCCACUGGUUCCUCCCCAGGGAGCACAUCAUCGACACUUACGUAGUGGAGAGUCCAAGUGGGAAGCUGACUGACUUCCUGAGCUUCUACACGCUCCCCUCCACGGUUAUGCACCACCCUGCUCACAAGAGCCUCAAGGCUGCCUAUUCCUUCUACAACAUUCACACAGAGACACCCCUGCUGGACCUCAUGAACGAUGCACUCAUUAUAGCCAAGUUGAAAGGAUUUGAUGUGUUCAAUGCACUAGAUUUGAUGGAAAAUAAGACCUUCUUGGAAAAACUCAAGUUUGGUGUAGGAGAUGGCAACUUACAGUAUUAUUUGUACAACUGGAGGUGUCCAGGGACAGACUCUGAAAAGGUUGGACUUGUUCUACAGUAGAUGGAUAUGUUAUUUCUAGAAGGCUGACAUUCUCAUUUGUUAAUAUUCUAUUUAGUGAUGCCUGGAACUGUCAUUCCAAAGAAGAAUAAAAGCACAAGUUGAGUGAAACUGAAGUAGUUGCUAACAAUCAGUACAGAUGACCAGUUGUACACAUUUCUAGUUAGGGUGUUGGGAGCCAGUCUCCGCUGUUGACUAACAUGUGGGAGGGAUUAAAGGUGGCUACAGAGCUCUCAUGGCAAAGAGAGGAUGUUUUCUUUCCACUCUAGAAGUGGGCCUGUCUCUGUGACCCAAACAGAAGUGGCAGCAUCAUGUUAAGAAAAAUUUUGCUGUUAGGAGAGUCACUGCUGCUUUUCUGUUUAUAAAAUGGUGAUAUACUUGUAAAACAGAACAAGGAUCCAUAUGUGUAUCACCUUACAUGAUGCUACUGGGAAUGUUUAUAGAAUUGACAUGUGGUAGAUACUUAAGGAGCAAUAUGAAAAUGUACCAGUGACUUAGCACAUUUAUUAUCCCAUAAGCAUAGUAGCCAAAUCAGGACAUAGACAGGUUUGUCUUUUGCUCUUCAGCAGGCCAGUGAAUCGUUUCAAAAGCAAAGUUUGGGGCAAUUGUUCAAUGUGCUCACUAGAGGGUACACAGCUGACUGAUCAGACCUUGGGGCUGCUGUGCAAUCUUAUUUCUCAGCAAUGGCAAGGAUGUUUGAGGGGAAGGAAGUCAAAGCUCUAAGGUCAGAUUAAAUGCCCAGAGGAGUGUAGGAGUGCUGUCAGCACACAGAUGGUCUGAAUGUUUUUAUUAUGCAAAAUUGCACAUGUUCCUUUAUGCUGACUUUAAUUUAUCAUGAAAAUUGUCAUGCUAAUGGAAAAUGUCUUACUUGUAAAUAAGUAUUCAUAAUUUUGUUACGGAUGUUGUUUUUACCUAGAAUUUGAAAACCAAGUUUCACAGUGUACAUAUAUGUGUAUAUGCUGCCACUAAUCCAAGGGAAAAUAAAAUACUAAACAAGGCCAUUGUAUAGACGGGG